CAAGUGUCAGUACAUUCAGAUCAACAUAGUCUUGAAACACAACGAAACGUAAUUACAGAAAUAUGAAACUUGCACUCUUUUCCGUGGUGGUGUUCUUGGCAGCAGCUGCGAGGGUGGAAGGCCAGGCUCUGGACGUGGAUCGGCGAAUCGUGGCAGCCGAGCUGGACUCUCCUCGCAAGGUGGAGUAUUACGCGUCGUGCGCCUCCGGCCAGGGAAGCUGCGAUACAAGAGGCCUUCAGCUGCGCACAUACAUUCCCAUUGUCGCAAGAGGCCAAAGGUGCUUCAGGUGUUCGCCGCGAGAGAACAGGAACCUUCGCCUGAUGGUCUCCACUCUGCAACGUCGCUAUCCUCGCUGUUGGCAGAUCCUUGUGCUGGCGGCGCAGGACCUGCCCACUCCUUCGGCUCGCGGAUGCGCUAGCUAAGUGUGUAAUGUCUCUGGGUACUUCAAUAAAUGCGAUUUUGUUAAA